CUUAACCUGUUUCUGUGUCUCGUUAUGUCUGGUCGUGGAAAACAGGGCGGCAAAGCACGCGCUAAGGCGAAGACCCGCUCUUCGCGGGCCGGACUCCAGUUCCCCGUGGGCCGAGUGCACCGGCUGCUCCGCAAAGGCAACUAUGCCGAGCGGGUCGGUGCUGGGGCCCCGGUGUACCUGGCAGCGGUGCUGGAGUACCUGACGGCCGAGAUCCUGGAACUGGCGGGCAACGCGGCCCGGGAUAACAAGAAGACCCGCAUCAUCCCGCGUCACCUGCAGCUGGCAAUCCGCAACGACGAGGAGCUCAACAAGCUCCUGGGCAAAGUUACCAUCGCUCAGGGUGGCGUUCUUCCCAACAUCCAGGCGGUAUUGCUGCCGAAGAAGACUGAGAGCCACCACAAGGCCAAGGGCAAGUGAACCUAUCUAGAUCUGUGUCGCUACAACGUUUUACCCAAAGGCUCUUUUAAGAGCCAUCCA